CACCCCUUGUUGUAGAUGGAUGGCGUAUCUUAGAUUCCCUACCCACUUCCAGUACUCUUCGGUCUGCCACUCUUCCAACAAGCUCUGGAUCCCUGCCGCUGCCAGCUCGAGCGAGACCUUUCAUGCACCACUUCAGCUGCAUUAUCUUGAAGAUGUGAUUGGUAUAUCUAGACGCCUCCAGCCAAACAGUUACCGAUUAUAUUGGUGUCAUAGAUCUACCUUCAUCACCUUGGUGCCAAAGAAAGAUUACAUAAAGACUACAAAGGAUCGCAAGCCAAUUUGUCUCUUGAUAAGUGUUUAUAAAAUCAUAACCAAAGUACUUGCUAUCAGAUUCAAGUUGUUUAUGGAUAAGCUCAUCUUACCGGUCCAAUGUGUUUAUAUUGAGGGUAUGAAUAUUAUUGAUGGUACUCUUAUUGAAAAUAAACUUGUUGUUUCAAGACUUGGGUCUGGGAAGGCUGGCAUCAUAUGUAAAAUUAACCAUAAGUAGGCUUUUGACAAAAUAAAUUGGAAGGACUUGGAUUCAGUACUUCAACAAAUGGGAUAUGGUAGCAAAUGGUGUAAGUGGUUACGCUUUUGUUACUCAACCUCAACUUUUUCUAUUCUUAUUAAUGGCUCAGCAUUUGGAUACUUCGGUAGCUCCGGAUGGGUUAGACAAGGUUGUUCGGUCUCUCCUCUACUUUUCACUAUUGUAUUGGAGGGUUUUUCAAGAUACUUGAAAAUAACUGCACAUUUGAACCUCUUUAGUGGUUUUUAUGUUAUUUUAACAAGCCUUGUCAUAAAUUACUUACACUAUGCAGA